AUGCACGAUUCGCCGAACUUCAAGAAGUCGGUUCACCCAAAAGACGGCCCGCCGACCACGGAAGCUACUGUUUGUUUGGAGAAGACAACUCCGCCGCCGACUAAGGCGACAAAUGUCGGCACGGAGAAGGCGAUUCCGCCGCCGGCGCAGAGUCAACUGACACCACCAUUAAUCUUUAAGAAUACCCUCACCAAGAAUCGCCCUCACGUCGCAAUGGAGUCUGACGACGAGGGGGAAGGUCCGGACGAUGAUGUCUUCGUGGAUGUUGAUUCUCCUAUUCCGAAUAUCAAUAUGAAAGGACUCGUUCUAUGCGAUUCGUGUACAGUCGGCAAAACCUCAAGUGGAGGUGGAGGAGCCGCUACGUCCCCGGAGACCACUGAUGCUCGAGAUGCCCUACCGAGAGUCGGUAAUGAUGGGCCACAAUUUGGGUCGUGGAUGAGGGCAAAGAUAGGAAUCCGCACCGAACUUGGAGGUAGCGGAUUUUGCUGGUCGGCGGCUUGUUGGAGGGUGAGCGGUUGCUGUUCUGGUGGCACCGGGGUUGCUGGAGACGAGGGAGGAGAUGACUCAAUAGCUUGCUCGUCGACGGCUUGCUCGAGAGGCAGAACUGGAUGCUGCUCUGCCGUCACAAGGGUGAGCGGUUGCUGUUCUGGUGGCACCGGGGUUGCCGGAGACGAGGAGGAGAGGACUCAAUCGUUUUGGAGCAGCUCUAAGCCAACAAGUGGCACCGGCGCCGCCAACUCCGGCGGCAGAGCCACCGGUGAGAUUAAAUGGGAAGUAAGGCCAGGUGGCAUGCUCGUCCAGAAAAGAGAGUCGAAUACUAAUAACGAAGAAGGGGUUAUUACAAUUAGAAUCUCCACCGUCUCAAAAUGGCAUCAUAUUUCAAUUCAACCAACUUCAACAUUUGGAGAAUUGAAGGUAUUGUUGUCGUUGUUGACAAAUUUGGGGACGAAAGAGCAAAGGCUAUUGUUCAAAGGAAAAGAAAGGGAAGAUGAUGAACACCUGCACAUGGUUGGAGUCAAGGAUAAAGACAAGGUUCUCAUGUUGGAGGAUCCGGCUAUCAAAGAGAGGAAGCUUCGCGGGCUGGCCCGACCCGAAUUCAUCGGACCGCAUAAUUAUCGUAUCAUUACUGCUAAUUAA